AUGGCCUCUGCUCCCUCUCCAGCGCUGCCAGGCGCCGCCCCUUCUUACAUCGCAUACGUACCGAUGGAACGUACGCCGCGUUUCCCACCGACGGCGCGCGCUCCUCCCCCGCCCCCGAAGGACAAGCCCGUUCGCAAGCCGCCCCCACCGCCCCCACCGCGUAAGGCCAAACCCAUCGGACAAGACACCGUUGCGGAAGGCAGCAAUGUCGCUGAAGAUUACCUUAACUCGGAGGCGGACACCCAAGAGCCCGCUGAGACCCAACCACGCUCAGAGACGCCGCCAGCCCCCUCUCAGCCCCUCACGGAACCCAUCCCAAAUGACCCGUUCACAGACGCGCCACCAGUCAUCCGGCCCCAGCCGGUUAUGGCUCGUCGCGGCCGCCCCUCCCCCAUCUCCGUGGCGGUCGCCAACGCCCGCACCCCAACCCCAACUCCAACCCCUGCUGGGCCCGUCCCUGAAUCCGGGACGCCAGCAGCUGCGUGUGUCGGCUUCAUCCUCGCCCCGGCCAGCACCGACCCUUUUGCGCUAGCACCCUGCCCACGGCCCGCGGUUGCGCCCGUCGUCCUAUGUCGAAGCUGUGAAGCUGACACUCUGCGACACACGAAGAAAAGCGAUAUCUGCGCAGCGCGGUACUGCAUCGCCCACUGGUGUGGCGGGUGUAAGCGGAUUGCGCGGCGGCUGGCCGCUGCUUAA